AUGGCCGUGCUUCUCUCGCUUUCACUCGUUGCUGUGCUUUUUGUCAUUUACACAACAGUCACUUCUCUAAACAAAAAUCAUCACCAGAAGCUCAAAACGGCUGAGUACGGAUGCGCAUCACCUCCACGACUCAUCAAUCAACGACCAUGGGGAAUAGACAGGCUCGAGCAGAUCUUCCGGGCGGAUGCAGAAUCGCGCCUUAUGGAGUUGUUUCUUUUCCAUUUUCGUCUAUGGGGGACAACUUUGGAACAAAAGUUCUUGGGAACACUUGCUUUCGGCACUAUAGAGCCACGAAAUCUAGAAGCCAUCCUAAGCACAAACUUUGAAGACUGGUCACUCGGCUUGCGGGAUCAAGUCAUGAAACCAUUCUUCGGGUCUGGCAUCUUCACGCAGGACGGCAAGGCAUGGGAAACUUCAAGAGCACUUCUGAGGCCACAGUUCACACAUCGACAAUACGAGGAUUGUGAGGUCUUUCGAGGGUCCGUCGACGCGUUACUGGAUAAUCUGGCGACUCAGGGACCGCAAGCGGAUUUACAACCUCAUAUCUUUGCGCUGACUCUAGACGUCACAACAGCGUUUCUUUUCGGCGAUUCCGUAGGAUCAUUGACUGGAUCUGCUGGAAGAGAUGCCGCCGAUUUUGCUGCGGCCUUCAAUGUCGCGCAAGACUAUGUGGCGAAGCGGAUGCGCUUGCAGGACCUAUACUGGCUCGUCGGAGGUACCAAGUUUCGUCGGGCGUGCGCCACAGUUCACUCUUUCGCCGACCAUAUCAUUGACAAGAAUCUUUCGACAGACCGCAAGGAAGAAAGAACUGGAAAGUACGUAUUUCUAGACUCACUGGCAGAGGCUUGCCCAGACCGAAAGAUCUUGAGAAGCCAGAUUAUUAACGUCCUUGUGGCUGGAAGAGACACAACGGCCUGCACAAUUUCGUGGACUUUCUUCUUGUUGAUGCGACAUCCACACGUGCUUCAGAAGCUCAAAGAAGAGAUAAAUGAAGUUUUCGCCGAUAGACCUACAGUCAGCCGGAGGGAAUUGAAGAACAUGACCUAUUUGCAAAACGUUUUAAAGGAGACUUUACGACUCUUCCCCUCUGUACCAGUCAACUCUAGAACCGCAGUCAAAGACACAAUUCUGCCUGUGGGAGGUGGUGAAAAUCUUCAGUCGCCAGUGUUUGUACCCAAGGGCGCUGCUGUAGCAUACAGCGUCUACUCGAUGCAUCGUAGACCAGACUUCUAUGGCCUGGACGCAGAACUGUUUCGACCUGAAAGAUGGGAGGAAGACAUGCCAAUGAAUCAGGACACUAUCAAUUCACGAUGGGGAUACCUGCCGUUCAAUGGAGGACCUCGGAUUUGUCUGGGAAUGGACUUUGGGUUGACAGAAGCAGCAUACGUGGUUGUCCGGCUGUUGCAACGAUUUCCUGACAUAAGAUUACCAGCAGAUGAGAAGGUUGAGCUGGUCGGUGUGGAGCAGCAGACAAUGACACUUGUGAUGUCUAGCACUAAAGGUUGCAGAGUUGACCUCGGGGAAGUUUCGAGAUAG